UCAAGUCUUAAUGGUAUGUAUCCAUUUACAGAUUACUCCACCUUACACUGCCCAUUUUUUGUAAAAAUCACAAGAUUUACACAUUGUCAUAGAUUCAUAGUGUUGCAAAUUGCAAUAUUACAGCAAUUCCAUAAUGAGAUGUUCAUAAAGUUUGGAUCUUUGGAAUUGGAUUUCCGAAGACAGACCCCACAAAUCUACCCAAAAGGAAAAUUGUAUUUGUAGUAUGCUGAAGACAAAUUCAACGAAUGCAAAUUCCACAAUAAUGGGAGUUUCUCUCUCCUCCCUAAACUCAUCCGAAUCCACUCCAUCCUUCUCAAUCAUUGAAGAUGAUGAGGAAGAACACCAAUCCAAUCAUGGCAAUCAACUCAACCCCAAAUCACCCAAAAAGCUAGCCCUCCUCCCUUUAAUCUUUCUCAUCUACUUCGAGGUCGCCGGUGGGCCCUACGGCGAAGAGCCCUCAGUAAAAUCAGCCGGCCCACUCUUAGCCAUCUUGGGUUUCCUUAUCUUCCCAUUCAUAUGGAGUAUCCCAGAGGCGUUAGUCACGGCGGAGCUCGCCACCACUUUUCCCGGCAACGGUGGAUUUGUGAUCUGGGCUCAUAAGGCUUUUGGGCCCUUUUGGGGGUCUCAAAUGGGGUUCUGGAAAUUCCUUAGUGGUGUCAUCAAUCUAGCUUCUUAUCCUGUUCUUUGCAUUGACUAUCUGAAAUUGGUAAUUCCUGCUCUAUCUUCUGGGUUUCCUCAUUAUUUAGCAAUUUUGAUGUCAACUUUUGUGCUGUCAUUUGUUAAUUAUACUGGGUUGACUAUUGUUGGGUAUACUUCAGUAGCUUUAGGGGUGGCUUCACUUUUCCCAUUUAUUGUCAUGUCUUUGAUUUCAAUCCCUAAUAUUGAUCCUACAAGAUGGAUGAGUUUAGGUGAGAAAGGUGUGAAAAGGGAUUGGAGUUUGUUCUUCAAUACAUUGUUUUGGAACUUGAAUUUUUGGGAUAAUGCAAGUACUUUAGCAGGGGAAGUUGAAAAUCCUCAAAAGACUUUCCCAAAAGCUCUGUUUUCAGCUGGGAUUCUCACUUGUUUGGGUUAUUUGGUGCCUCUUUUGGCUGCUACUGGUUCAAUUCCUCUUGAUCAAGAGAAAUGGGUUGAUGGGUAUUUUGCUGAUGCUGCCGAAAUCAUUGCUGGGAAAUGGCUCAAGAUUUGGAUGGAGAUUGGUGCUGUUUUAUCAGUAAUAGGUCUGUUUGAAGCUCAAUUAAGCAGCUGUGCUUACCAGUUUCUUGGUAUGGCUGAUCUCGGGAUUGUUCCGAGGUCUUUCGGGGCUCGGUCUAAACGGUUCAAUACUCCUUGGGUUGGGAUUCUAGUUUCCAUGAUCAUAGCACUUGCUAUUUCAUACCUCAACUUCACUGACAUAAUCUCAUCUGUCAACUUCCUCUAUAGUUUGGGGAUGUUGCUCGAGUUCGCCUCGUUUCUCUGGUUGAGAAGAAAGAUGCCAGCUGUCAAGAGGCCGUACCGAGUUCCAUUAGAGAUGGUGGGGUUGGUGAUCAUGUGCUUCAUACCAUCUGUGUUUCUUGUUUAUGUCAUGGUAGUUGCUAAUAGAACUGUGUUUUUUGUGAGUGCUUUGUUGACUUUACUUGGGAUUUUGUGGUAUUUUCUUAUGAAAUUCUGUAAAUCAAGAGGUUGGUGUACAUUUAGUGAUGAACAGGUCAGUGAGGAAGAACAUCAUCUUGUUACAAAGCAGGAUGUGGUUGAUUAGGAGUACAUACUUGAACACUACACUGAGUCAUGGUUGUAACUCGCGAUUGCAAUAGUUUGCAUACAAAUUGUAGCCUUUGUGGGUGUGUUGUUAAGGAUUGGUUCAUUUAUUUUACAUCAAUACAUUCAUGAAUUACAAACCAAACAAAGUUUA